CACGUUCAAGAGCAAAACAUUAAAUAAACAAUCAAAUAUUUGCAAUUAAUUGUAGCAAAAUUAAUAUACAACAGACAAUCUAUAACCAAUGCAUGCAAGACGAGCGUAUAGGCUACAUGUGUAGUGAGUGGGUGGUGGUCAAAUAGCCUAUUAUUGGUGGAUGAAUCACAAGCAACACUAGCUAUACUGCAGUUUAACACUGUCCUGUGAGUUCACAAUCUCUCAUAUAGGCUACGUGUUCAGAUACUUCAAGUGCUCUUAUCUGAAAAUGGUUCAUAUGUUUGUUUUGUUCUGCUUGUGGCACCUGGUUGGUGUGUUUGCUGAUACAGAUGCAGUGGAGUCAGUGUCAGUGCUGGAGGGAGAUUCAGUCGCUCUAAACUCUGGUUUUACUGAAAUGAUGGAUGAUGAUGUGAUUCUGUGGAGGUUUGGAGCUGAAAACACUUUAAUAGCUCAAAUCAAUGUACUGGCCGGCAGCAUCACUGUAUAUAAAGAUGUUCUUGACGGGAGAUUCAGAGACAGACUGAAGCUGGACGAUCAAACUGGAUCUCUGAUCAUCACAAACACCAGAACUGAACACACUGGACUCUAUAAACUACAGACCAACAGAGUGAGCAAGAGCUUCAGUCUCACUGUCUAUGCUCGUCUGUCUGUUCCUGUCAUCAACAGUAACUCUUCACAAUGUUCAUCAUCAUCAUCAUCAUCAUAUUGUUCAUUGUUGUGUUCAGUGGUGAAUGUGGGUCAUGUGACUCUCUCCUGGUACAAAGGAAACAGUUUAUUGUCCAGCAUCAGUGUGUCUGAUCUCAGCAUCAGUCUCUCUCUACCUCUGGAGGUGGAAUAUCAGGAUAAAAACACCUACAGCUGUGUGCUCAACAAUCCCAUCAGCAACCAGACCAGACAUAUCAACAUUACUCAACUCUGUCACACAUGUUCAGAAGUCCACAUGCAUGGCUGUGAUUCUGCUGAAGCUGUGAUCCGAUUGGUCGUCACUGCUCUGAUGGGCGUGGCUUCUGCAGCUGCUGCUGUUCUUCUGGUGAAUGACGUCAGAUCUGCUAGAGGUUAAGAGAAAACAGAACAGAUAUCAUAAAUAUUCUGACAUGUAUCGUAGUUUUAAUUGUAAAGAUGAAAAUACGUGUGGUCUAGAAGUGUUUAGUGAUGGUGAACUUUUCUUACCAAAGUUUUCCUCUGAAUUGAAUCAGAAAAGGUUCAUUACCUGAAUCUGGUGUAUUAGGAGUCAUCUGGUGGCCAAAGCAAUGAACUUUCUUUAAUCUUUCAUUUUCUUUAAUACUAUGCAAGUAUGCAUUGUACAUUUCUUUAUUUACACAGUUUUCGUUAAUGUUUAUUAAUUUAUGUAAUGUUGUUUUCAUUUUGUUUUAUAAUUGUAUGCAGCAACCAUGUAAAUACAAAUGUAAUAUUUCUCACACCAAUAAAUCACCAUAUAAU